AUAUAUAGGUACUAGUAAUUGCUAGUAAUCUGUGAAUUUGUAAAUCGCGACCGUUCAUCAAAAAUUACAUCGAACUGAUUAUGUCCUGCUUGAAGAAAGAAAGGAAACCCAUAGUUCCUUUGAAAACCCUUGAUGUAAUUUUCCGACGUCGGUAUGUUAAAAACACCCAAUUUUAUUUUACCAACAGAAAGCAAUGCUUGGCUUCUAAAACGGAAAACCUCGAUGGCAAGACUUUACUGCCGUAUCGUGCUCCAAAGUCGGAUAAACUGUUAUCCUAUAUCAGAUAUAGUGACCGAGAGAAACGCUGUAGGACUAGACGCGAAUUAUCUCAACCAUUGCACUUCAAAAGUGACAAAAACGCGACCGAAGUAGAUAUUUCACGCAGGCUUUUUAUGGAGGGGCCUCCAGAUGACGUAAAAACUGUUGUGGCAAUACAUCCUGAGUUUUAUACCUGUAUUGAAGGGAGGCCUCUGAGAAUGUUUGACGACAUCAAAGUGUAUAUCAAUAAUAUACGAAAUUAUGCUAUGAGCAGGCAACAAUUAGGGUACCGACGGGACUUAAUGAUGAAGAUUGAAAAGAAUAUUUUAGAGGAAUCUGAAGAGUAUGAUAAAAUAUCGAACAAUCUCAGGAAUUACGCACAUUAUUUUCAAGAAUUUCUGAUAGAGGAUUAUAAUGAAGCAUGCGCAUUAGAAUCAAAAGCGGAUCGCAUUUAUGCAGAGUUGCUCGCGAAACAAACUGAGCUUUUAAAAUAUUCUUCAUAUUUGAUCAAUAUCAAUAACGAAAUAUAUAAGUUAGACUCUACAGCUAAUAUUUUAAAGUCUUACCGAAAAUUUUUAAUGUUAGUGGCCCCUCUUACCUGGCGUCAAAAGCAUGAUGAAUCUUUUCGAGAUAAUAUACCAGAGGAUGAUUUACUCUCAGAAAAUAAUUUACUGUCAGAGGCAAGGGAUAUUGACAGGAUCGUAGAAGAAGUAAAGAUGGAACUACUUAAUCCUCGUUCCGUGCACAUGUACUUCAAACACUCAGAGGAACUUAUGGACCUAUUUAGAGCUAUGCAAAUACAAAGCAGAGAUUAUUUAAUUCAACGUUCAAAAAGUCAGGAAACUUACUAUCGCCUCCUACGACGAAUCAAUCAACUAAAAGCGAUGGCAACAGAUAACCUUGAAUAUUUUAACUAUUACAUAGAAAAAUUUCAGAAAGAGUUGGAUAGAGAAGAAUACAAUCAAAAACAUGUGAAAGAAAAGUUUUACAGGAUAUUAAACAAUAAUUUUUUCGAAGACAUUGCUAGUCUUACUUCGUUAGGACUGCAAAUAUGUGUAGAGUUUGUUUAUGAACAAGUAAUAGGAAAAUAUGAGGAAGGUCAAAGCCUGAAAGAUGUUAUGACUGUGCUGGAAAAUAUGUACCAAGAUUACAAUUUGCGUUUAGACACACUUGAUUUCAACACAGUAAAUAAAGCACGUAACGAUAUUUUCGCGCAAGAUUUAAAAACAAUGAAAAAUGCGUAUAACGCAGAACGUGAGCUUAAAGCUUUCCGAGAGAUGACUAAAGCUCUUAAUCAAGCCUUUGCACCACCAAAAGAAUACAAUAAACCUAAAAUGUCGGUACAAUUAAGUAGAAAAGGCAAUUCAAACAUAACAAAUAAAACCGAUGCCGCUAAUGACAGAACAUUAAGAUACAAUCAGCUCAGCUUAAAGAAAAGGAACUUUUUGCUUUACUUUACAGAAUGGUGUGACGAUACAGACCCUUGGCCUUUCUUGGAACAAUUAUAAAAUAUAGGGAAUUGAAAAAACUUAGCACGUUACAUAAA